UUUCACAGGCAGUAGAAUCGAGGGACGGAAUGAGAUUUUCCUCACUUUGGACAGGUUUCAUUGGCAUUUUUCGGCGGUGAAGGAAAACAAAAUCCUACGGGUUGGAGAAAAUUAAUAUUUCGCAAGAAGAAAUCUUUUGGCUUUAAGAAAAAAUAUGGCUGAAAAUGUGCCAAAACAGCGCCAUCUGGAAUCAGAUCCCUCGUCAUCAGCAGCAGUCGACCUGUGGUACCCAACCAGCGCAGACAAUUUGACACUGGACAACUUGGCAAAGAUUUUAUUCCUCGAAAAACGGCCUGAAAAUUCAGAUAAUCUCGGAAAAACGGUUGAAAAAGACGGGUUCUCAUCCCCUGAUGGUUGCCAAAAUUCGGAACCCAAGGUGCUUCGUUUCACGAGAGACAACGGAUUAGUCGGAGGAGCCGGAAACAGUUUUGCAGGCAGUUUAGUCGGCAUCACGGUGACUAUUUCCUCAUUGGACGAAUUGGAUGGGACUUGGAAUGGGUUAUUGCGGUGGAUGCGAAAAGAAGGCAUCGACGGAGUGAGCAGUUCCGGUGUCGAUGGCGAGAGUGACAUGGCCAAUUUCGUGAAAUUGCGAGAAAAGGACCGAGAGGUUGACCUGCGACUGGCCUUCAAAUUCCCACCGCGUGACGACCAGCAAAGAAUCAUGCUUUGCGACUGGUUUCGCUUUUUCGCGAGGGAGGCUGAAAUUUAUUCGGUGUAUUUCCCUGCACUGUCCGAGUACCUUGGCCAAUUCCCAGCUUCUCUUAAGUCAGACUGCACCAUCACCAAUCCAGCUCCACUCUCAGUGUUCCAAAACCUAGUUGCCAAAUGCUUCUUUGCCCGCGCGGAAACCACUGGCAACUUUGACUCCUGCAUCACCCUGGAGGACCUGCGAUGUUCAGGGUUCCGAGCCUUGAGACUGCUCGAUGGUGCUUCAGGCGAGGAAUGCGGCGGGAUUUUGUCCCGACUGGCCUUUUUCCACGCGGUGUCGGCGUGCUUUCUGGUGGCGCGACCCGAGUUUGCGGAAACUGAGUUGAGAUGGGCCAGACGGAACCCGUUUGUGCACACGGAAUCCAAUGCUGGGUACGCGGCCAGCUUGAGGACCUGUUUGGGGCUCACCAGGGCGACAGGGUGCAUGACUGUGGCAGAGCUGGAGUUAUUUGGUCAAGUCAUCGAGCUGGUGGAGAGCGGGAAGCACUUGGAUUUUUACAGGUGGACGGUGUUGAAUUCGAUGCACAAGUACCAGCCGAGGUUCCACUUGGUGCGGGCCAACGACGUGAUGAAGUUGCCUUACUCCACGUUUCGGACGUAUGUGUUCAAGGAGACUCAGUUCAUCGCAGUCACUGCCUACCAAAACGAGAAAGUGACGCAGUUGAAAAUCAAUCACAACCCCUUUGCCAAGGGGUUUCGCGAAGGCGGCGGUGGUCGAAAGGACAAAGGGUCUUUGUCCAGGAAGUUGAGA